CGUCGGACGCCUGCCCUCACGCCCCUCCCUGCUCGGAUAUAUAACACGCUUCCGCCAUUGUUGCCGCUUCUAGCAGCUGCUUCAUUCUAUUUAGACCUAAUAAAAACAAAGAUUGUGCGUGAUCUCCGUCCGUGCCGCCGGCCAUGGCCUCGCACCGGGCGCUGCUGCUCCUCCUCCUCGCUGCCGCGCUCGUCGCGGCGCUGGCCGCCGUCGCGUCCGCCGAGGACGCCAAGCCCACCAUCCUGACCCCCGUGGCGCAGACCCCGCUGGGGUCCUUCGACGGCGACAAGGCAGCCUCCGACGACGACACCGUCGACGACGACGAGGACGCCGCGCCCGUCGGCGCGCCCAACGGGGCCACCAUGACCGAGCCGACAGAGGUCCCCGCUCCGCCAGGCGCUGAAGCCACCGCGGGCGGCGCCGCCGUCAGCAACGCACCCGCCGUACUCGCGGCGGCUGCGGCGCGCGUCUGCGCCGCCGCCGUGGGAGCCUUCGCCUUCUUCUGAGAUUGAUUUCGUGUCGUGCAAUGUUUUACGUGACCAUUUUCUUCGAUUUGAUAUUUGUAAGCACACAUCAGCUAAUCGUCUAAUCGUAUGUGUAGCUAUUUCUAUCCAGGUUGUUUAUAUGAGUUUUAUUCACAUUACCAAGUUUGACCUCAUAGAUGCUUCUCAAGACAGCGCCGUGAUGUUGCUUCGUAA